AUGCCUGACUACCAGCAGAGUGAUACGUUCCUUUCCAGGGUAUUUGGACUUCAUUCUGUUUACAAUCAAAUAAAUGACAACUAUCAAUACUAUGACGACGAGGAGGAACAAUCGGGAGAUACAUAUGACAGAUUGGGGAGCACAGGUUUGGUAUCUGGCAUACUAGAUCCACCUUCGAACAAGAAUACCAUUAAAAACACUAACAACUUGCUAGAUUCAGACAAUGGUCUGGAUGAUGACGAUGACUAUGAUGUAGAAGACGAAGAUGAAGAAGGUUCUGGAUUUGGGGAUAUCUCACUCAACUCGAACCUACUCGCUCCGACCAACCAACAGCCACAACAGCUACAGCAACAGCAGCAACAACAACCCCAAAGCAAAUCGUUUGUGUCUACAAUUUUCAAUAACAAGCAGGCUAAUGUAGGCAGUGGAGCGCCUCCAAUAGUAGCUACUAAUGCUACUAAUAAUAACCGAGGGGCCGUUGCAUUCGAACUUCCCCUCUACCACAAGAAGCCUGCGCAGCAGUCCACCUCACCCUCCAUUCAAACAGUGUUCCAGAAAAAGAAUCGUCAUAAUAACUUGGUCAUCCCACCCAAGGAAAGAGCAUUAUAUCUAUGGGCCAACAUCAUUAACAUGGAUGAAUUCCUCCAAGAUAUCUACUACUACUACAGAGGGAAUGGGUAUUUAAACAUUGCAUUAACCAGGAUAGUCGACUUGCUUAUCCUUGUCUUUAUCUUAAGCUUUACCAUUUUCCUCAAGUAUGGCAUUGACUAUGACGCUUUUCUUCAAAGACAUGAUAGUACCAUUCCUAUAACGCUUCAUGCCAUAUUGAAACCUUUACAUUUGCCAUUUUCUGUCAAGUUCUUCUUGACAGGGUUCAUUGCAUACAUCGUCUUAAGAUUGGUCCAACUUUACUUCGAUUUGAAUUAUAAAUUGAGAGAAAUACAUAACUUUUAUAAGUACUUGAUUAAUAUCUCGGACGACAAUGAAUUAAUGACCAUCUCUUGGUCUACUAUAGUUGAAAGACUUAUGCUAUUGAAGGACUACAAUGGACUUACCACUUCUAAGGAUCCUCACUACAUCAAUGACUUGAGUUCUAAGGUUAGACUCGAUGCUCAUGACAUUGCCAAUAGAAUCAUGAGAAAAGAAAACUAUAUGAUUGGAUUGAUUAACAAGAAUGUGUUGGACUUUAACUUGAAGCUACCUUUCUUCCCAGUCAAUACACUCACAAGAACCUUGGAAUGGAAUUUGCAGCUCUGUAUUAAUAACUUCGUAUUCAAUCAGCACGGACAGAUUAAUCCUAGUAUUUUAAAGGAAGUUAACAGAAACAAGCUAAGCUUGGAAUUGAAAUCAAGAUUUCAGAUGGCUGCAAUUAUCAACUUGAUCCUUUGUCCCUUCAUUGUAACCUAUUUCGUGUUAUUGUACUUUUUUAAGUAUUUCAAUGAAUACAAAACUAACCCCGGUUCGCUCUUGGGAAUUAGGCAAUAUACACCAUUAGCUGAAUGGAAGUUGAGAGAAUUCAAUGAAUUGCAACACUUCUUUUUGAAAAGACUACAGUUAUCGAUCAAACCGGCAAACACGUACAUAAAUCAGUUCCCUCGUGGGUUUCUUGUCAUCAAUACAAUGAAGUUGGUUAAUUUUAUAUCUGGCUCCUUUAUGGCCAUAUUAGUUAUAUUUGGGUUAUGGUUCGACGAUGAAGAGCACAAUUUUUGGUCCUUUGAGUUGAGUGAAAAUAAAUCAAGCUUGUUCUACAUCAGUAUCUUUGGUACCAUUUGGGCCAUUACCAACGUUGGUUCUGACUCUGGCGAUGAAAAUGGGAUUUCCAUUGACGGAGCCUCAGGAGUUGGAGGUGGCGGAGGUGGUGGUGCAGGUGGGUACACUGAUACAUUCUUCUAUGAUCCUGAAGCUAGCCUUAGGUAUGUAUCUCAAUUCACUCAUUAUCUCCCUUCAUCGUGGAAUGGUAAAUUGCAUACCAUUGAGGUUAAGAAUGAAUUCUGUGACAUGUACAGAUUGAAAGUUUUGACCAUACUCAAUGAAUUGAUGAGUUUGGUAUUGACUCCCUUCAUUCUAUGGUUCAAUAUUGCCAAUUCAUCUUCUUUGAUUAUAGAUUUUUUCAGAGACUACUCUAUUCACGUUGAUGGUUUAGGAUAUGUUUGUUAUUUUGCCAUGUUUAACUUCGAAGAGAAGGAUAAGAAUAUGAUGUACGAUUUGAAUAAGAAGAAGAAGAAGAAGAGAAAUCACCGCAAUAGUAGAAGAAGUGGAGGACAAGAUGCUGCUCCAGGUGACACUGAACUUGAUUUACUCAAGAAGAGAAAGGGUAAGGCAAAGGUCAGCGAUGAGUAUGAAUCUGAUGAUUCCGAUGACUCUGAUCUCAAUUACGACUCUUAUCAAGAUGAGAAGAUGAUCAAGUCUUACAUGUAUUUCUUAGAAAGCUACGAUAAUAAAAAAAAACCUGCUUCCAAGAUCAACAAUCAAAAGGGUCAACUCAAUCCAUCUAAGUCGCCGAAAACUGAUAUUCAACCAAAUGUUCCAAGACAAAGGAAUGUUCCUGAGCUGAUGAUCGAUCACAGUAUGGCCGAAUCCAUGUAUAAUAUAAAUUAUAAAUUUGAUGACAUAGAGGAACCAAAAGCCCAAAAAUCAGGAGUAAUUGGGAUGCUCAAUCAGUUUUACAAGCACACCGAUAUAGGCAGGUAG